CUCUCAAGUAUUUCCUGCUUUUUCCUUUCUCUCCUCAUUCUUCCUCAUUGUUUGUUAAACGCUUAAGUUGGGUUUUCAUAGAAGCUGCGAAUUAGGUUUAGUUCUUCUUUUUCUUCUGCUUAUAAUUCAAGCAACUCCAUUGCCACCAGGUUUUUAUCUAAAAAUGAAGAGCAAGAAGAAGCAAUUGGGCAACAAAGGUGAUGUUGUCAGCAGUAGUUUGCCAGAUGAUUUGAUUCGAAGAGUAAUCUUUUUGCUGGACAUAAAAUCCGCGGUUCAAACAUGCUUAUUGUUAUCUAAAUACUGGGACAAGAAUACAUGGAAAACCGCACGCUCUCUUGUUUUCGAUGAAAAGGGGAUUGGUAGAGAAGCUUUUGUGAAUACUGUACUUGAAGAGGUGCCUACAUUUCAGAAGUUGGAAUUACAUAUGGAGGACUCCAUCCUUGGUGCUGGGACUAUAGGCGAUUUCUAUGAAUGGAUAGAAGGUUCGCUGAUGCUGAAUGCUAAAGAAAUGUCCAUUUACAUUGAAGGUGCUGUUGGCGACCUCAUUACAGUUACGUUUCCGGAGAUCCUCUUUACAAAGCUUCAAGAAAUGAUGCUGGUGUCAGUAUUUUUCUUUGAAAGGGUCUAACUGCAAAGUCCCUUUGCUGCUGUUAUAUUUCUUGGUUCCAGUUUUACCACACAGUUGAAGAAUCUCGCUUAUCGACUUGGAGAAUUGUAGAAAUGUAGGCUACAAGGAACUGGUCCUUUUACAUUGUUCUAGAUAUAUCUUGUUCUGAUGUACCACUGGUGCAGGAUCUUUCAUUUCUUCUGACAUGGCUUAUAGUUACGUACCAGCAGUGAUAUAUGAUACUUCUAGUUCUAGCUGGUAUAUUCAUAGUUGUUAUAAAAACAAAGCUUUGUUCCUAUUUGGUUAUUGGGGGAACCCCAUUUGAAGCGUCACAGUUUAAUACUACAGUUGAAAACUAUUUUUUCUUCCAGGCUAUGGAAAAUGUUCAAUUUGAUUGUACUA